GCCCGGACGACAAGGCGCCCGGAGCCGUGGACAACAGUCUCCUGAUGGCUGGGUACGGUCUGAAGACGGGUCCGCAUUUCCCGGGUCACCAUAGUGUCAUCCCUCCUAUGGCGAUGGCUCCCUUGGGUCCGUUUGGACUCACCCAUAUCGACCAUGUUUCACCGUAUCAGCAAGUUUGUACCUAUUUUGCAGGUGUGAACCCGAGGAAGCAGCGCAGAGAGCGGACCACAUUCUCGAGGGCGCAGCUCGAUGUUCUGGAGACGCUUUUUGCGAAGACCCGUUACCCGGACAUCUUCAUGCGCGAAGAGGUGGCGUUGAAAAUCAGCCUGCCCGAAUCCAGAGUUCAGGUGUGGUUUAAAAAUAGACGUGCAAAAUGCAGGCAACAAUUGCAACAAAACCAGCAGCAGCGUCAGCAACAGCAACAGCAGCAACAGGGGAGACAGAAUAGAAAUCAGCAGCAACAACAGCAGAAUGAGGUGGCUCAGGUAGCUGCUCAGCAGAGGGUAGCGAACCCUCCAAGGGUAUCAUCUCCGGUGGUGCAUCAUCAGCCAGCCCCGGUGGUGGCACCUCCUCCUGUUGCCGCGGCCGUGGUGCCUCCGCCGGUGGUGGCCCCGCAGGUCCCCCUCAUCCCGCUACCCGCCGCCUCUGCCUCUCCGCCAGUGUACGUGAAGCGCGAGUCGCCCCAGGUCGCCCACUACCGUCAGAAUUCUAUGGGCGGAAGCAGCACUAGCAGCGUCGCGACGCCCUCGCCACCGGUGACCCCGGGUACCGGUUCCUUCGCCUAUCAACAGGACUACAACGCAUACGGCUGGCAUAACGGUCACAACGGCCAACAUACCGCCUCCCCCCAUCACCACCAUUACUACGGGGCACAGAACUACAACCAUCCCGGAACCGCCGCUGCCGCCGCCGCCGCCUAUUACCCAGUAGAAUAUUUCAACCAUCAAGCGGCCGCCGCCGCUGCCGUUGCUCAGCAACCGCAAAACCACGUCGCCCCCGCCGGAUACCACCACCAGAUGGCCGGAUACGCCGCCCCCGCCGGAUACCACCACCAUCAGAACUUCCAAGCGCGCCACGCUCAAGAUUAUAACCAGAUGGUUUAAAAGGGGAAAUGAAUGAUUUGCAAUAACGUUGUCCCCCCAGCUCGAUCAUUUGAAACGAAGCAAAACGUAAGUGUGUUAUUUAGUUUUUAAGAAUUAUUGCAGUCAAGUACAAAAUGAUGGGACAAAAAUAACGAGGAAAAGCUAACUUGUAUAUAAUACGCGACAAUCCAAUAAUUUCGAUCAUAUCAUUUUCACUCUAUCUCUCUGUGUAUAUAUCAUUUAAA